GUAGAGUCAUACGCAGGUGUUGUUAAAGUAGGAUCACAUACUUUGCAGCUUCUGCUUAUAGCUAACACGGUUUCUUCUGCGCCCGUUUUUGUUAGCUGCUAGAAAGGCUUGAACAUCAUACUAUUGUUUAGAAACACACUUUAUUUUCCUGUCGGCUUCCAUGGCUGUACUCGAGGGACUUCUCCAACUACCCUGCACAUUCCCUCUGCUGGUUGCGGUGCUGUUGUUGCUGCUUGUCUGGCUUUACUCCUCCGGUGUCAGCAACCCAGAGAAAGGGAAGGAACCUCCAGGACCCAAACCACUGCCUAUCCUGGGUAACCUGCUGCUGCUGGAUCUGAAGAAGCCCUAUGAUUCACUUUGUGAGCUCUCCAAGAAGUAUGGGUCUGUCUUUACCAUUUACUUUGGUCCUAAGAAAGUGGUCGUCUUAACAGGAUACACGACUGUUAAACAAGCGCUAGUGAACCAUGCAGAGGAGUUUGGGGACAGAGAUAUCACCCCUUUAUUUCAUGAUCUCAACAAAGGGCUCGGCAUCUUAUUUUCCAACGGAGAGAACUGGAAAGAGAUGAGACGUUUUGCACUCACAAACAUGCGAAACUUUGGGAUGGGCAAGAAAAGGAGUGAGGAAAAGAUUAUAGAAGAGACUCGAAGCCUGAUUGAAGUAUUUGAAAAAUUUGAAGGUUCGCCAUUUGACACGACCCAGCCGGUGAACUAUGCCGUCUCCAAUAUCAUCUGUGCUAUUGUGUACGGCAGCAGAUUUGAGUACGAUGACCCCAAGUUUAUGUCCAUGGUCAACAGAGCCAAUGAGAACAUUCGGCUUGCUGGCUCUGCAUCUGUACAGCUGUACACCAUGUUUCCAUGGUUAAAACCAUGGCUGAAGGAUGUUGCUCGAGUCAUGAAAAAUGUUGGUGAAAAUCUUAAAGAGAUGCGGGGUUGUAUCAAGAACCUGCAGGAGACACUGAACCCACAGGACAGCCGAGGCUUCGUAGACUCUUUCCUCACAUACCAGCAGAAUGCAGAGAAAUCAGGCCAAAAGGACUCUGUGUUCCAUGAGGAGAACCUGCUAUUCUGUGUGGCCAACCUGUUUGGAGCCGGCACUGACACCACGGGGACUACACUGCGCUGGGGACUGUUGCUGAUGGCCAAGUACCCAGACAUACAGGACCGUGUGCAGGAGGAGAUUGACAGGGUGAUCGGUGACCGACAGCCUGUGGUGGAGGACAGGAAGAGCCUGCCCUACACUGACGCCGUGAUCCACGAGAUCCAGAGAGUAGCCAACAUUGUGCCUUUAAAUCUUCCCCACACCACAAGCUGUGAUGUGAAUUUCCAGGGUUUCUUCAUCCAAAAGGGCACCGCUGUGAUUCCUCUGCUCACCUCAGUACUGAGAGACGAAUCUGAAUGGGAGCAGCCUUACAUGUUCCACCCAGAACACUUCCUGGAUGACCAGGGGCAGUUCGUCAAGAGAGACGCUUUUCUUGCAUUCUCUGCAGGACGCAGGGUGUGUCUGGGAGAGAGUCUGGCCAGGAUGGAACUCUUCCUCUUCUUCGCCACGCUGCUCCAACGCUUCCAUUUCACUCCUCCUCCUGGUGUCUCUGAGGAUGAGCUGGACCUCACACCGAUCUUAGGAAUCACCCUCAACCCCUCCCCCCAUAAGCUGUGUGCUGUGAGCCGCUCCUGACUUCCUUGCUGUUCUAAAAUGGCAUCCGUGUGAACAACAUCUGCAGCUCAUCUGUGUGGACAACAUCUGCAGCUCAUCUGUGUGAACAACAUCUGCAGCUCAUCUGUGUGGGCAACAUCUGCAGCUGAAAGCAUUAUUCCUCUCGCUAUUCCUCUUUGUCUGUCCACUCCGCAAAGUGCACUAGUCUUGUCUGAUUUAUUUCUAAUUUCUUUCUUUGUUGUUCUACUUUGUUGUUCACUGUCAUUCAGUGGUGAAUGCUGCAGUUCAUUUUUGAAGGCUGAAAAGGUACCAGUAUAAUUUGAAGCACCCAGAUUAAAAUGCCAGGGGGAAAACUGUUUGUUCAAACAUGUUUUUUUUUUUAUUUGAGGAACAUAAUAAAUGCUUUAAUACUAUAUAAUAA